AUGGAUCAGACUAAAGAGAAAUACGAACCAGAACAGAGCAACAGCUACAUCAAGUCAUUAGCUAAACUGGCUUUUAAGGAGCUCCUAAAGGGCAACUUGAUCUUCUAUGAGGAAGAUCUAAAAGAGAGCGGCAUCAAUAUCAAGACUCACUAUGAAGUUGUGGCGUCAGCUCUGAAGUCCAGCCCAUCACAUCUGACACAUCUAGAUCUGAGCUGGAACAUAGUACAAGAUUCAGGGAAGGUUCUGUUUGCUGGACUGGAGAGUCCUAACUGUCGAUUGGAGACUCUGAGACUUUCUGCUUGCGGACUUACAGAGACUCACUAUGAAGUUGUGGCGUCAGCUCUGAAGUCCAGCCCAUCACAUCUGACACAUCUAGAUCUGAGCUGGAACAUAGUACAAGAUUCAGGGAAGGUUCUGUUUGCUGGACUGGAGAGUCCUAACUGUCGAUUGGAGACUCUGAGGCUAAAGUGUGGUCAGUCAGGCACAGUUCAGAGUCAGGCUCUGGUCAAAAUCAUGGUGCAAAAAGUAAUUGGAGACAGGACUCAGGAACAGGCAAGAUUGAAUUUCUGCAUGUUGUCAAAGAGCACUGAUUCUCUGGUCUCAGCUCUGAAGUCCUACCCGUCGCAUCUGAAAGAACUGGACCUGAGCCUCAACAGCCUACAGGAUUCAGGAGUGACGCAUCUGUGUGGUUUUCUGGAGAGUCGUCACUGUCGCCUGGAGACUCUGAGACUGAGUUGCUGCAGGUUGUCAAAGAUCAGCUGUGAUUCUCUGGUCUCAGCUCUGAAGUCCAACCCAUCACAUCUGACAGAACUAGACCUGAGUAAGAACGACCUGCAGGAUUCAGGAGUGAAGCAGCUGUGGGGUUUUCUGGAGAGUCAUCACGGUCGAAUGAAGACUCUGAACUUGAGUGAAUGCAGUUUGACAGAGUUUAGCUGUGAUUCUCUGGUCUCAUCUCUGAAGUCCAACCCAUCACAUCUGACACAGCUGGAUCUGAGUGACAACAACCUGCAGGAUUCAGGAGUGAAGCAUCUGUGUCAUUUUCUGGAGAAUCGUCACUGUCGACUGAAGACUCUGAGAUUGAGGGGCUGCAGGUUGUCAGGGAUCAGCUGUGAUUCUCUGGUCUCAGCUUUGAAGUCCAACCCAUCACAUCUGACAGAACUGGACCUGAGUAAAAACGACCUGCAGGAUAAAGGAGUGAAGCAUCUGUGUGGUUUUCUGGAGAGUGGUCACUGUCGACUGGAGAAUUUGAGAUUGAGUCACUGCAGUUUGUCAGGGUUCAGCUGUGAUUCUCUGGUCUCAGCUCUGAAGUCCAACCCAUCACAUCUUACACAACUGGAUCUGGAUUUUAACAACCGGCAAAAUUCAUUCAUCAGAGUCAACACUGCAAACUGCAGACUCUGAGGUGUCCACCCCGGUGGUUCCUGUUGGCAGUGCCUCGGCCAGUCAGACUUGUAGAAGCUCAACCCAGGUCAGAUGGCAAAG